AUGGGUUGUUGCAAAUCAACACAAUACGGUUGUUGUAUUGCUAUUGAUCAUGAUGAAUCAAUAAUACUUAAUAAACCAACAGGUAAAGAAAUUCGUUAUGGUCCUGGUUGGUUUUGUUUUCCAAGUUGGUGGGAUGCACAAGUUAUUAAAUCAAUAGCAUUACAAAGUAAUCAAUAUAUUAUUGUUAAACAUAUUAUUGAUCCAAAUAAUAUAAGUACUUCUCAUACUCGAAAUGAUAUACCAUUAACAAAACGGACAACUACAAAUGAAAAAGAUGAAUUAUUAAAUGAUUCUGAAAUGCAAUUAAUUGAAAUUGUUCGUGGACCACAAAUAUAUCAACUUAAAAAUCCUUACGAUAUUUUUAGUGAAAUAAAAUCAAUGCUUAAUUUAUCAUCCACACAAUAUAUUAUUGUAACAGAUAAAUUAACAGGUGUCAAACGAGUUGAAUGUGGUCCACAAUUAUUUUGUCCUAAACCAUAUGAUGAAAUUGGAGAAAUAAAAAAUCUGUAUAAUUUAUCAUCAACUGAAUAUCUUCUUGUUACAGAUCAAUCAACUGGCGAAAGAAUUACAGUUACUGGUCCAAAAUUAUUUUUACCAAAAGCAUAUGAUCAAAUUUCACCAAUAUAUAAUUAUGUAGUUCUUAAUCAUACACAAUAUUGUCGUAUAAUUGAUAGUCGUACAGGAGUUAUGCGUAUUGAAAAAGGUCCGAAAACUUUUGCACUUGGUCCAUAUGAAGCUUUAUUGAGAAGUGAAGAUCAAACAAUAUUUGAUAUAAUUAAUAUUGAUACAGAAAAUGCUGUACUUGUUAAAAAUCUUGAUACAGGUCUUGAUGAAUUAAUAACAACACCACAAAAAUUUAUUCCAUCAUUUACACAAAAAUUUAUGGAAAUAAGAAAAUUAGUUAAAUUAGCACCAUAUGAAAAUAUGGUAUUAAUUGAUAAGGAUGGUCAACAUAUUUUAAAAAAUGGUGUAAAAGAUAAAUCAUUUUUUAUUUAUCCUUAUCAACAAGUUUAUAAGCAAAAUUGGUCAAAUGAUCUUAAAAAAGAUCAUCGUUCAACUGUUCAAGUUGACCGAUUCGAUACAAGAAAUCAAUAUAUGGAUUAUGAAUUUCUUGUUCGUACGGCGGAUAAUGUUGAAAUUAUCCUUGAUGUUUCUAUUUUUUGGCAAAUUACAGAUUUAUAUAAACUUGUUCUUGUUACACAAGAUCCUCCGGAAGAUAUUUGUAAGUUUUAAUUAUCUAAUGUAGUCUUAUCUAGAGAUUUAACAAUUAAACUAUAUUCAUGAUUGAAUAGAUCACUUAGGAUUUAAAGUACAUAGGGUGACUCAAAAGUCACUUUAUCAAGAAAAAAUUUGAAUAUUGUCGCCAUGUUUUGACCAGAUGGGCUGGUUUUUUUCAAGUGUCAUCGUUCACCUAAAUACUAUUCAGGAGUUCCUGAAAAAAAAAACAACAAUGUAAAUCAGUGGUCAAAAUCAACGACGCAGAUAAUUUUUUUCGAGUAGAGGUCCAUACUAUUGUCGUUUGGUCUCAUAUUUACAUUAAAGAUUCAUGUUUUGUUACAGAUUGUAUCCUGAUAGUUUCAGUCCUAAACGGAGAGAAUUUGUUGAAAAAACUGUAAAUGUUUCUCGAAUGUUCUUAUGUGGCUCACGAAGAAACUACUUGAGAUGAUACUUCGUGUUUGAGAUAAGACUAUAUUCAUUACAUAGGACCUGUUGUGACUAGAAGAAUCCUAGAAGGAUUCUUUCCCAUGUGCUACGUUUUUGAAGUUAUGGCCGUUACACUGAAUGUUUUACCUUUGGCACAGUACUUAUCAAAAAAAUUCUGACAAACAAAUAUUGGCCUAAAACUUUACCCAUAGACAAUUCUUGAAGUCAUUAGAGUCUCCUAAAAAUUUCAGCAAAACAGAAUGGUCUCUAUUCGAGAUAUCAAAUCCACAAAAAACCAUGAUAUUCCACCAAAAGGAUGGAAAAUUUAGGUUUUUUUUGUGGAUUUGAUAGCUCAAGAAGGGAGUACUCUUUUUGACUGAUAUUUUUACAAGACUUUUAUGACUUCAAGAACUGUCUACGAGCAAAAUUCUAGGCAAAAACUCGUUUGUCCAGUUCUUUUUAGAAAUAUUGUGCUAAUGGUAAAAAAAUCCAGUAUAAUGGCCAUAAUUCAAAAAACGCAGCGCAUAGAGAAGAAUUCUUUUCGAUUUUUUCUAGUUUCAACAAGCUCUACUUAAUGAUUAGAGUCUCAUCUCAAACGGUACGAGUCACUUCGGAUGAUUUCUUCGUCAGAGGAAGUUUUCUUGUGAUAAUUAUCUCGUUGUCAUUUAUAAUAAAUUUCAGUUUUAGCCACACGAAAGUACAUGCGACACAUUGGUAAUUUUCUUAACAAAUCUCUUGAAGUUUAAGGCUGGAAUGCUCCAGCAUACUGAGAAAUAAAAAAUGUAUCUGUGAUAUAAAUAUGAGAUCAAACAGUUACUGAAGGUGACUGUUUUCCAUUGCAGUCAAUGGUAGCAUUUCAAAACAGUUUUUUGGUGAUGCUAAUUUUUUUCUCGGCAAAGUGACUUGUUUGAACCAUCCUGUGUAUUUUAUAUUCUAAUAAAAAAUGCUUUUUUUUAAAACUUUUUCAUCAAUUUCUAACAAGAUUUGUUUCGAUUUUUCUUUCUGUCAGUUAACUUAACUAUUUAUAAUAUUUGAAAAUAUUUAUUUUCAUUGCUUAUCUAUCAAGAAUGAGAUUAGUUUCGUUGAGAGAUUAUUCAGAGUUCUUUCUUUAAGAAUUUAUUGAUACCAUCGGAUUUAUCUGUUGAUAGUAUAUGAUGCAUUUCAACUAAAACAAAAGGAAGAGUCACUACUUUUAAAGUGUCAGUCGGAUAUCUGCUCUUAUUAUAAUUCGUUCCGUUUUAUGAUAAUAUAUACAACAGUAUUUAUGCGAGAAAAAGGCAAAAAAUGGCACUCAGGAAGCUAUAGAUCGCAUUGUACGAUGAAAAAAAAAGUUCAUUUGAAUAGUCUAUGAGCAAUAAAAUUCCAUAUGCUAUAAGCAAUUCUCUAUUAUGAUUUGAAUACAAUAGUGAAUACUUUGUAAAUAUUGAUCAAGGAAAAAAGAAUUUGACAACAAGUCAAAAGUAAAACGACCUACACUAUAACGCAGUUUUUUUUUGAAGAUUCAUUUGAAAGAUAAUUAGCUCGUUUCUAUUGAGAGAAAAGAAAAAUUAAAUAUAUUUCGCAACAACGAGACAAUCACUUCUGUGAAUUAAACAAGACUGAUAAAGACCUUACAACAAAAAUACAGUACGUGUUUUUUGUUUAUUCUUCUAAAUGUUGUUCUUAUGAAAUUCGGUAGCCUUUAAAAAAUUAGUACCAUUGAAAAAAAAGCCGUGUUUUAUAUCGGUGCUUUCAGUAUUUUGUUUCGCCGUGAGCUCUAGGAACAAUAUUUUUGAAAAAAAGAACAUGCACUCUGAUUUGAUCCUAGUUGUCAUACAGAAAAUUGCAGCUCGAGAAAAUGAAGUAUGGCAUUAUGCGACUUUCAUAUCUACCUGAAGAAAGCAUCUGAAAAUUUUAAGUCUAUGCCAACUUUUGCUUUAAUAAUCGAGAUUUAUCUGCUCAAAAAGUUUCAUAAUAUUUGGUUGAGCCAUUCUCGACAAAUCUGGAACAAUUCCCUGAACUAUGUUAAAUGAAAUAUGAUCGAUUUGUCUUGAAUAAUGAUU